ACUACAAAAGCUAACGACAGUUUACGACAGCUACUAUCACCUUACGGCAGCGCCAACUGUCGUAACCGAAGUAAACAUGUGGAGAGUCCAGUGAAACAUCACAGAUGGAAAACUACAGCCGGGCCCGGGUCAUGGAGCAGCCGUCCGUCUCUCCGUUCGCCGGGCUUCCCGUCGACACGCCUGAGGUCCGGGUCAGAGACGGCAGUAAGAUCCGGAACCUGCUGCGCUUCGCCCUGAGCCGGCUGGAGCCCGGGCCGGGCCGGGCCCAGGAGGGAGGGGAGGAGGCCGGUUCUGGUCCCGGUCCCAGCCCCGAUCCGCCCUGCAGUCGGCUGCUGUUCAGCGCCAGCGGCCGGGCCGUUUCCAAGGCGAUCACCUGCGCAGAGGUGGUGAAGCGGCGCCUGAAGGGGCUUCACCAGCUGACCCGGCUGGCCCAGUCCACGGUUCUGGAGGUGUGGGAGCCUCUGGAGGCCGGCGCCGGCCUGGACAGCCUGACCGUCAGCAGGAAGCUGCCAGCCAUCUGGAUCCUGCUCUCCCUGGAGCCGCUGGACCCGGAGCAGCCCGGCUACCAGGCGCCGGGGCGCUACGACGCCCUGUGGGCCCCGGAGGGCGCCGGCGGGCCGGGGCCGCGCGCCGGGCUCCGCAGGAGGAGAGGAGGAGGAAAAGGGAGGAGCUCCGGUCGACACACCGGCCGCUCCAGAGAGCCUGGCAAAGGACAGUAGAGGUUUCCAUAGCAACUGGACAGGAAGUGACUCCAUGUUUCACGUCCAGUUGGAUGUUUUCACUUAAAAAAGUUUAGUAGGAGAAAGUAUUCACACCCUGCUAACUUCAAAACAUCCUGGUUUUUACUGGGAAACUUUGUGACAAACUGGAGCUAAAAAUCUGAAAAGUGUGGCCUGCUUCUUUAUAUAUAUAUUUUUUAAUUUCAAGUCCAGUUUGAUGUUUUCUGUUCCAUCAUGAUUUAAUAAAGAUUUACUGAAACUGCCUCCAUCCAUGACAAAGUA